CUCACCUCUAAUAUAUAUCUUGUGCCACAUCACGAAGUUAAACAUUCAACAACACAAACUUUCUUUCACAAUAUCCUAUCUACUUGAGCACGAGUAGCAACCCAACCCACCUAUCUUCCCUUCUUCACUUACCAUUCCACCAUGAAAUCACGCGGCUGAACAUUCUCAUAUCACCCUCCAAAGUCCAAACUUCAUUUAUUCAAUGCUAAGAAAACAAACUCCUACGUUGAUUAAAAAUUUAAUGUCUUUUAACUUUCUAUCAAUAUAUGGUCCACAAAGCUUAACUUAGUUUUAUGUACUUAUAUAACUUGAUGUAACAUGAUAUAUUUGACACUCCCCUAGACAUUUCAAAGCCAGAAUUAUUAAGCACGUACUAUAUAAUUCUUUCUUUUAUGAAACAUUGCAAAAGUUCAAAUUCUCAUUUUUUGGAAUUGUAACCAUUAUUUAAAAAUAUUUAACAAAAGAGAGAAAAAUGGUUGUUCAAGGAGAUAUAGUUUGUGUCACUGGUGCAGCCGGGUUUAUUGGCUCAUGGCUUAUCAAGAGGCUCCUAGAGCAUGGCUACGUCGUCCGAGCCACAGUUCGAGACCCUGGUAACAUGAAAAAAGUGCAGCAUUUGUUGGAUUUGCCAAAUGCAAACACUCAUUUGACACUAUGGAAAGCAGACCUUAAUGAAGAAGGAAGCUUCAAAGAAGCAAUCAAUGGUUGCACUGGAGUCUUUCAUGUUGCCACACCCAUGGAUUUUGAGUCCAAGGAUCCUGAGAAUGAGGUAAUUAAGCCUACCAUAAACGGUAUGUUAGACAUAAUGAAAUCAUGCGUCAAUGCCAAAAUUCGAAGAUUGGUAUUCACAUCAUCUGCUGGAACUGUCAAUGUUGAAGAAAUCCAAAAACCUGAGUAUGAUGAAACUUGUUGGAGUGAUAUGGAUUUUUGUCGCUCUUCAAAUAUGACUGGAUGGAUGUAUUUUGUAUCUAAAACACUAGCAGAGCAAGUGGCUUGGAAAUUUGCUGCUGAGAACAAUCUUGAUUUCAUUAGUAUUAUUCCUCCUCUCGUGGUUGGACCUUUUCUCACGCCAACAAUGCCUCCUAGCCUAAUUACUGCAUUAUCUCCAAUUACAAAAAAUGAAGCUCAUUAUUCAAUCAUCAAGCAAGGUCAAUUUGUUCAUUUGGAUGACCUUUGUAUGGCUCAUAUAUUCUUGUAUGAGCAUCCAAAUGCAAAGGGUCGUUACAUUGCUUCAGCUUGUGAUGCUACUAUUUAUGAUAUUGGGAAAAUGUUGAGGGAGGAAUAUCCAGAAUAUAAUAUACCAAUCAAAUUUAAGGACAUUGAAGAGGAUAUCGAGCUUGUGCAUUUUUCUUCGGAAAAGCUUAUGAGCUUAAGCUUCAAGUUCAAGUAUGGAUUGAAGGACAUGUAUAAAGGAGCUAUUGAGACUUGUAGAGCAAAAGGACUUCUCCCUCUUUCCUUUGAGAAUGAAAUCCAUGACAGUCCUACCAACUAGAGGCUCCUAUUACUACCUCAAUUAAGCAUAGGUUUCCUUGACUUAAUUAUUAAUGAUGAAGUUAGUUUGUUUAGCAAACCCUUUGUUGCGUACAAAGACUUCUUUAUAUGAUGAUCAAAGUAUGAUUGAAUGUUGCUAAACUUGCUUGGAAUCAUUGUAAAAUAAAGAAGCAUUCUAAUGAGAAUUGAAUGUCGCACC